UAUAUAGGCUAUUUCUGAUAUAAGGUUAAAAAAAUUGUUACUUGAAUCUUAGAGUCUGAUAGUAGGUACCUGUAUUAUAUAGUCUAGUAAAUCAUGGACUUGUUGUACCUUCCAAGUGAAGAUUUGAAAGAACAUGGAUAUUCCAAUUUAUUGAAAGAGGUUCAACAGUUAGGUUGGUUUGGCCCUAUCACUUUUUCAAAAGGAAUUUAUAACCCGGAAAAAUAUAAACAUAAGAUUGAUCGAACUCCUCAAGAUAUUUGGAAAGGGGUUCUUGAUGCCGAUCGUGUACAGUGGAUUGCAUCAAACAUUGCAAGAGAGGAAGAAAAAGAUAAGGGAGAGAUUCUGAAAGAUGCUUCGAAAAUUCUUCAAGAAAUGGCAUACAAGGAACAUUUGAAUUUGGUUAGAUUUUUCGGAUUUUCAAUGUAUCACGUUAUGAACACGAUUUACCAAGAAGGAAUUUAUUAUAACACUGAUACACUGGAGGCAUUAAAAAAAGCGAUUAGAGAACACCCCGUUAUUUUAAUGCCCAGUCAUCGUUGCUAUAUGGACUUUCUUGUUGUUUCUGUUCUUUCUGUACAUUUAGGAUUGCCGCUUCCCGCAAUCGCGUCAGGCAUGGACUUCAUGACAAUGAAAGGGGUUGGUUUUCUUCUUCGAUCAAGUGGUGCAUUUUUCAUGCGACGUUCAUUUGGAACAGAUAGAUUAUAUUGGGCUCUUUUUACGGAAUAUGUUCACAAGUUUGAUUAUAAAUGGCGAUCGUACCAAUUGAAUUUUUUAUUGAAGGUAGCAAGAAGUAGAUCUGGAAAGUCCUUGAAUCCAAAAUUGGGUCUGUUUUCUGUUGUUGCUGAGCCAUAUUUGAAAGCUCAAAUAUAUGACAUCAUGAUUGUACCUGUUAGCAUUUCUUAUGAUAGAAUCCUGGAAGAGUCUUUAUAUGCAUAUGAGCUACUUGGUGUGCCGAAACCUAAGGAAUCAACAUCAGGCCUAUUUAAAGCAACUGGAGUUCUGCAACAAAACUACGGAAGUUUACACGUUCAUUUUUCUGAGCCAAUUUCAAUCAGAAAAGAGUGCUGUCACAUGGAUCGUGCAAUACAUUCAUGUUAUCCCCGAUACAUGCUACGUUUAACUUCAGCAGAACAAAGUUAUCUUAAUGAUCUUGCAUUUAAAGUCAUUCAAAUUCAGCAGAAAAAUAUGGUUAUCAGUGUUUGGUCAUUGAUCGCCACCGUUCUUAUUCAUAGUCUUGGAGGGUUAAAGUUCAUCGAUUUAAUAAAACAGAUUCAAUGGCUCCUGGAUUUACUUCGUAGAUGUAAUGUCAAAGUCAGAGUUCAAAGUGGAAACUUAGAAGACGUUGUUAAGCAUGUUUUGUUCCAGUACAACCAUCUUGUAAAAGUAGAUUCCAAAAACGCUGAGGAAGCAACUGUGAGAAUUAAACAAGAUGAAAAACCAAUCUCUACACGAUCUUCAAAAAAGCUGGUUAUAUUGCAACCUGCGGUUCGAGACAGAGCAGCAAUUCACAUUAUGGUUGCAAGUUAUAGAAAUCAACUCAUUCAUGUUUUUGUAAAACCAGCCUUGGUAGCAAUAGAUCUUCAAAUUAAACAUGGGCUACUUGAAUGCGACACAGAACAAUUUGAUAUCCAUUUUGCUGACGUUUCGAAUGAAUUUCAAUUUAUGAGGGAAAUGUUUUAUAAGGAGUUUAUAUUUGCACCAAAUCAGUUAAAUACUGAUUACAAAGAAGGGUUAAAUUUUCUUUGUCAGUCCGGAGCAUUAGAGAAAAAUGGCAGUGUCUUGAGAUAUCACUCCAGAGGAAAAAACGUUAUAACGUUUCUCAUGGAUUUGUUGCGUCCUUUCUUGACCUGUUAUAAACUUAUAUGUGACUAUGCUUCACAAUUCCAUCAUGCUUGUGAGCUGAAAGAAUUUUGUAAUCUUGUUCAGCUUUGGAUGGCAGGAAGUAUUGAAGAUAAUCAAGUGAUGCUCGAGAUUUUAUCCAAGGAUAUGAUCAACAAUGGCGUGCAUGGCAUAGAGAAGACUGGGGCACUGAGAAUAAGCAAGGAAGCCGGCGAGCAUAUUGUUCAUGUGAGAAGAAGGAAGGCCCAAUCAAUCAGUAAAAAACUUGAAUGUCUGAGAGAAGGAAAACAUGAUGUACAAUCUUUGCAGACAAUCAGUAGCCAAUCAAAAUUAUGAUUUUUCUUAUUUCUAAUGAUUAUGCUGUUAUAUUAAUUGAACUUUUUAUUGAAUUGAAAUUGAACUUUCAAAAUCAAGUUCUAUGCAAAAUAAAUAUUUUAUUAAUGCAGAGUACUUUCUUUGAUUUUUGUUAGUAGUUUGACUUAGGCUUGUUAAUUUUAUCCACUGAUUUGUACUGUUAUAUCUUUUGUUAGUCAACUUUUAUUUUCUAUUAUUGACUUUAUCAUGAGCUAAUAUCUGUAUUUGCAUCAAAUUUUAGAUCAGGAGUAUUCAACCUGUAUUCUCUCAUUUACUCUUUACAAGUUUCAAAUGUAAAAUUUACCCCUGGAUCUUUUAUUUUAUUUUCACUUCUACAAAUACCUAUGAUGGUUCAUUCGACAAAAAUGGUUUGGUAAAAUAAUUUCAAUGUAGAAUUGUGAUUGUCUAAGUUUGGUGGUUUUGAGUUCACACAACUACAGUUUAAGCACCAGUAGUGAAC